CACAUUUCUAUUUCCCAUAAGCAAUAUUGGCAAUAUUGACACCUAAUGCAAGUUUCAGCAAACUGUAUUUGUAACACAUGAGCGGCGAGAACGACACUUCGCUGGAGGGGUUCAUCCUGUUGGGAUUAGCAGACACCAUGGAGCUACAGAUCAUCCUCUUUCUGCUUUUCUUUGGGAUUUACGCCCUUACAGUUUUGGGGAAUGUUGGGAUGAUCCUCUUAAUCGGCACUGAUUCCCGACUUCACACACCCAUGUAUUUCUUCCUGGCUAACCUGUCCUUUGUGGAUGUUUGUUAUUCCCCUGCCAUCACCCCAAAGAUGCUGGCAGACUUACUGUCAGAGACGAAAACCAUCUCCUUCGCAGGCUGCUUCCUGCAAUUGUACUUCUUUAUCGCCUUGGCCACAACCGAAGCCAUCCUCUUUGGCUUAAUGGCCUAUGACCGUUACGUGGCCAUAUGCAACCCCCUCCUUUACUCCUUGAUCAUGUCCAGGACAGCCUGCCGCAAAAUGGCAGCAGGGGCUUUUACCGCAGGAUUCUUGAACUCCAUGGUUAACACGAGUUAUGUAGGCAGCUUGCCAUUCUGUGGUUCCAAUGUCAUUCACCACUUCUUCUGUGACAGCCCUCCACUCUUUAGGCUCUCAUGCUCUGACACACACCUUACCGAGGGUAUCAUUUCCACGUUUGCUGGUGCGAAUCUGGCCGGGACUCUGCUGAUCAUCCUCACCUCCUACUCCUACAUUCUCUUCUCUGUCUUCCACAUGCAUUCAGGGCAGGGGAGGCACAAAGCCGUCUCCACGUGUGCCUCUCACUUGACAGCGAUAACUCUGUUCUAUGCCACCGCCAUCUAUACCUAUCUGAGACCUAGUUCCAGCUACUCCUUGGGUCAGGACAAAGUGGCUUCUGUGUUCUACACAGUAGUGAUCCCCAUGUUAAAUCCUCUGAUCUAUAGCCUCAGGAAUGAGGAAGUAAAGAAGGCUUUAUGGAAUUUCACUACCAGGAGGAGGAUCCCUCCAUUUGUCUGA